UACGUCGGCUAGACAAGCAGCGAGGCAGCAGCUGCUCUUUGUGUACACGAGAGGCUGCGAUGCGAAAUCAUUUGUCGCAGGAAGUUAUCACUAGAACUCAGGGCCAAGGUUCCUGCAUGUGCGAGUUCGUGUGAAAUUGAUAUUGUGGGUGAAAUAGAUACAGUGGAUGUGUUUUGAAAAAGUAGAAGUGGAUGGUUUCAUGUGUUGCUGAACGAGAAGUGAUAAAUAUGUGCGCAAAUCGUAUUUCAUUUUUACGUGCGUUUAUAAAAUUUCGCAAUAACCGAAUGUAUUUACAUAUCAUAACACUAAUCCGGGGUGAAACUAGAGGCUAUGCCAUUUACUGAAUAUUUAACAGGAUUAAUAUUUUGUUCUUUUCGGGUCAAAGCAGUUAUCACAAAUAUUUUCGCAGCUUAUUGCUUAUUGUAAAUUCUUAAUGCAUAUUUGAUUACGAACCACAAUAGUGUAUAAGCGCUUGAACGUAAUGAAGGGUAAAUUACCUAAUGAUUAUGUUAUAAAUAAUUUGCUGUAAUCUCUUUGUAUUUUGAGUUGAUUUGUAGCAUAUAGAAUCUACGCUUUGAGAAGUAUUGUAUCCACCAAGGCGUUUACAACAACUUCAAUGAAUUUGUACUGAACACUUCAAGUUCUUUUGAAAACCGCAGAAUUUUACAUGGCCACGAAGGUCUACAAAAUAUGCGCAUGUUUAAGAAUCCUGUGGUUGCAAUGAUUAAUAGCACAUCAGUUAACCGUCGUGGAUUCUUAUGCACAGUAAGAGCAAUAUGUCUGUGUGACAUACAUUUUUUCUCUCACAAAUUUUUAAUUUUCAUCAAUUGCUUUGUUUGUAAAGUAAGAAUCUGUUUGAACAUUGAAUGUAUUGAAUAUCACUGUUUAAAUUGGAUUAAUUAAAGCUGGAUAAUACGUGCGUAAACUUUAAGAUAGACAUUCCUACGUAAAAACUGAUUGAACAUUUUAAUAUGUGACUUGUUUAAAAAAAGACCACAUCGAAACAGAGCUUCUUUCGGAGGUGAUAGGAGGAAUUAACUGCGAUAGUACCAUAAUAUGGAUUAGGGUACUAGCUUAAGUAAAACACGAAUAUUAAGCAUAUUUUUGUUGUUGGACAUUGCCCUGUCGGCGUCGGCAAUGAUGAACGGCGAGUGUUGUCUGGCGACGUCGGGUAUCCAGUAUGACACGAUCAACAACAACAAUCGAACGCUCAAGGGGAGAAGAUUGACUAUGGCCACAGGAGCCCCAAACUACAAGAUAAUACUGUGCGGGGAAUACGGCGUAGGAAAGAGCUCCCUCUUUAGGCGAUUUAUGAACGACACAUUCUCAGAAGAACGUGGAAAAAAAUCCUCAAUUGGACUGGACCAGGCGUCGCAGUGUUUCCAUGUGAACGGAGAGGAUGUGAAGGACGAGCGCUGUCGGAAUAUUCACUCGCCCGGAGCCAAUUUCUACUCGCAAUUACGAGCGGGCGAGUGGAUUUGUCGAGCCCAGUAG